CACCCUUGUCUAUCUAAGACCGAGAGACUUUGUCUCUCCCAAGUCUCCCACCUAAAUACCACCACCAGUCCGCCACCAUUUAUACACCCAAAAGUUUUGGGGGAGAGAAAAAGAAAAAGAAAAAAUAAAAAUAACAAAAACAAAAGGUGGUAGAUGCAUGAGACACAACAAAACUAUACACAGUUUUGUUUUUGGUUUUGUUUUUGUUUUUUCACCACCACCUUCCAUUCAUUAAAAUCCCAAUCUUUCUUUCUCUCUUUGCCUUUGUGGAAUUUUACCAAGUCCUCUGUGACUCUUCAAAUUCCACCAUCACCGCCACCUUGUCUGCCUCCUCAGUUGAAAUCAGAGACUACAGUUCUGGAUCAUGUGAAUACUCGUUUAAGUGUUAAGCUGCAACCAUCAACAAUGGUGAGCUUAAGAAGGCGCAGGCUCUUGGGACUAUGCUCUGGGAUAAGUUCUCUUCUAACUCCACUUCCUAUGUUUUGUGACAACACAAAACCUGAUAGCGUGCAUCCCAGGCCUUCAAAAGAUAGAAAUCUGCUAGAUGGGAGUAAUGGUGGAAAAAUAGAACCUCUAUCAUCAACAGCAUAUGGUUCUAGCUUGGCGAAAGAGCAACCUCAAAAAUAUGUUCCAGGGCCACCAAUUAAACGCAGAAAGCGACAUCGCAGGAAGCAUAUUCAUAACCAAGAACCAUGUCUAAUGAGAGGUGUCUAUUUCAAAAAUAUGAAAUGGCAGGCAGCCAUUAAGGUUGACAAGAAACAAAUCCACUUGGGCACUGUUGGUUCACAAGAAGAGGCUGCUCAUUUGUACGAUAGGGCUGCUUUCAUGUGUGGGAGGGAGCCAAAUUUUGAGCUUCCUGAAGAGGAGAAGCAGGAACUGAUGAAGUUCAAGUGGGAUGAAUUCUUGGCGGUGACUCGUCACUCCAUUAACAACAAAAAGCUCAAGAAGUGGCAGUGGUCUGCCUCAGAAAAGAGGUCUGAGACACCUCCAUUACAAAAUGGUGACUGGGAUGACAAGCAAGAAGUAAAUGGUCUGUCAACUUCGGAAGAUGGGGAGGAAGACACACGACUCUCUUGAUCCUAAUGGUUCAAGGACAAUGCUUAAGAUUUCCAGUUCUAACAGUUAAGUGCUAGCUGAUAAUCCUCCAUUUUUUAAAGUAUAAAGGCCCAUAUUAGGGCAAAGAUGGUAGAUUUCGUUGUCUUUAACUCUUUAUUAAGCAAAUGCCCAGUAAGUAGUUUCAGAUUAGAAGCAUCAUAGUGGUCAUUUGCCGUUGGUUCAAAUGAACCAGUUCUACGAGAAAUCUAUUAAUUUAUUAAAUGCUGUUCGCUGCUCAGUCGGACGAAUAAUGCUUGAGAAAUAAUUUGAAGAAGAAACGUGAUCUGAAGGUUAAUUUUUAA